GUUCCUGUGUCUCACCGGUGCCUGGGAUCCUUGGGGAAUGCAGGCAGCAUUAAACACAAAACCCUAAAUAUUGCUAGGGUCUUCUUGCAGAGGAGGCUCUGCUGGACUGGUACCAGCAGAAAAGUGCUCUUCUGAGCAUUCCCCAGAGAACCUGCUGGAGUUGUAUCGGCGCAAAAGGGUUCUUCUGAGCAUUCCCUAGAGAGCCUCCUGGCCAACAGCAUGGAGCUGAGGUCGGGUGAGCCGUCAGGGAAGGUAAAAGAAAGGGAGGAGAGAGGAAAGAGAGCCCACAGGGACUCCUCCCGAGAGGUGCUGGAAUGGAGGGAGUCCUUCGACCAGCUCCUCAAGAGCAAAAGUGGGGUGAAUGCCUUUCACACCUUCCUGAAGACUGAAUUCAGCGAGGAGAACCUCGACUUCUGGCUGGCAUGCGAGGACUUCAAAAAGACUCGGUCGAAAACCAAGUUGGCCUCCAAAGCCAACAGGAUCUUCGAGGAGUUUGUCCAAAAUGAGGCACCCAGGGAGGUGAACAUCGACCACGAAACCAGGGAGAUCACGCGCAAGAACCUCUCGGGKGCCACCUCCGCCUGCUUCAACGAGGCGCAGGCCAAGACGCGCACGCUGAUGGAGAAGGACUCGUACCCCCGCUUCCUGAAAUCCGCCUCCUACCAGGACAUGACCAAGCAGGCCACCGGCCGCGGCAGCAGCAAGCGGUCGCACACCUGACCCCAGCCCCGACCGGCGGCGGGGGGACGAGCCGGGGGAGCAGGCGCGCCUUGGGAUGGGCUUUGCGGGGGCCCAGGUCCGUGGGGCGGGCUUUCGGCCGAAGCUCUGGGAUUUUAGCAGGAUCCCCAGGACCUCGAGCGCUUCCCGCUCCGCACGGAGCCGCUGGGCCCGGCAUUCCUCCCUCCCUGGAGGAGCGGAGCGCGUUGGAGCCCCGYGCCUCCCCUUGCAGCUCGGCCAGAGCCACCGCAGAGACAGAAAGAAAUGGGAUUUGAGCUGCAAGCCCAGGAAKAAGAGGCUGGAUCCCCCUGAGCAUCCAUCACUGAAGAGCUCCCACCUGCUCUCUGACCUGCAGCAGGAACCUGCCAUUCCCACACGCAGGGAAUGGCCAGGAUAAAAGCCCCAAGACUAUGUGGCAUUUCCAGCUGGAGAGAUCCUGCACCUGCCUUCCUUUGAUCCCACGAUCUUCCAGCUGUGUCCUAUGCAUGCUUUGCACUGAAGCUUUCCACCUCCUUCCCGUGCAGUGAUGUUUUUACCCCUUGCUUGAGCUCCAUGACCUUCAGAUUGCACUGAACCUUAGGUCACGUGCGCAGCGUUUUGCUCCUGUUAUUGUUAUUUAUUUUAUCAUCGUUGUUAUUAUUAUUAUUGUAUCUGUAUUUAUUAGAACACUGCUGACAGCACACACACGCUCCCCUUGCUCCGAGGAGCUUGUAAAUUAAAUUAUUUUAGCUCUUGUAGCACUUAGCAUGCCUCCCACCCUUCCUGUGUAAUAAUUUGAGAGGACCAGACAGAUUUAACACAAUUAGGGAGCAAGGUACGCCAAUAGCAGCAGGGAGAGCUGCUAGACAGGUCUCAGGAGACAGUUUUUGCAUGGAUGGCAGUACAGGGAGGCUUUACAGCCCAUGUUGUUUUCUUUCUCCUCUAAAGGAUGUGGGCAGCAUCUCAGCACACAGCAGCUUGUCCUAGGCACAGAACAGYGAGGUCAAACAGGCACUUUGGGGAGUCACCCUAUGGAAAACUUGGAUUUUGCACAUGGGGGAGAAAACCUGGAGCUUUGCACAGGUUAUCAUUGGGCUUGGUGUCCCCUUGGAUGGUGACAGCAGMCUGCAGCCACAGCACUUUAGCAGAAACCCAUGGGGUCAGGGAAAUCAGUGCCGUGAGUCCAGUGACUCGGAGGGGUGGCAGGACACAUCAUCAGCUCAGACCUGGGGGGAGCUGUUCACAAAGUCCCUCUCAGCAGGAAUUUCGGGCUCCUGGAGAGGUGUGGAUCCUACCUGGCAGCAAUGGUGCCAGCAGCUGCCUGGGUGGGUGAUGUGGGACCUGUGCUGGCUCCUGGGGAAUGUGUCCCCAGCACUGCUCCCUGCUGAGAGCUCCUUUGCAUGGCUCUGUUAUCCCUGCAGACCAAACCUGGAGGUUCUUAUCCCACUGGUCCUCACUCCCUGUCCAGGGAAGUGUCUUCUGCCCCCAGUCCCAGCAACAGCCAGAGCACAGCAUCRUUUGGGCUUUUCACAGCAAGGGGCCAAGGACCACCCUGGGGAUGUUCUUCUGAGUCCUCUUCCACCAUCCCCAUCCUGGUSCCACCUCUGAGCCUCUGGCUGUGGCCCUGGCUGUGUUUAUGGGGAGAUAUCAGCUGCUUUCUUAUUUAUUAUUUAUUUUUACAACUGGAACCACCUUUGACGUGUUACUGAAGUGAGCGAUGCACAACGGUCUGUUCUCAUUGCUGACGUAACCUUGUCAUUAUAAAAUAAAAUUUAAAGAGGAAAAUACCCUAACAGUAUGGGCUGGGUCUUUUUUUUUUUUUCUGGUUGUGGGUUCUCAAUUAAAUUUUACAUUCUAAUUUUGGAUGCUUUGCAAAGCUGCUUGUGUUGCAUGACUCAAGGGGUAU